AUGUGGACUACAAACUACGACGUACUCAUCGUUGGCGCUGGCAUCGCAGGGACUGCCCUCGCGCACGCUCUCUCGACGCUCCCGCGAUCCAAGCCACUCCGGAUAUGCCUCCUAGAGCGCUCUCUCGCUGAACCGGACCGCAUCGUCGGCGAGCUGCUUCAGCCCGGGGGCGUCAUGGCGCUGCAGAAGCUCGGGAUGGAGGCUUGUCUAGAGAACAUCGACGCCAUUCCGGCUAGGGGCUACUGUGUCGUCCUUGACGGCCAGCCCGUGCACAUUCCAUAUCCCGACUCGUACCAGGGGCGUAGCUUCCACCAUGGCCGUUUCAUUCAGAACUUGCGCGCAAAGGCCAAGCAAGCAGAGGGCGUAGACGUCGUCGAGGCGACGGUGUCGGAGCUGAUCGAAUGUCCGGUGACCAGUCGUGUCUUGGGCGUACGGGCGACACGCAAGAAGGAAGGUUCGAGCGAGCCGGUCGAAAAGGAGACGUUCUUCGCGGACUUGACUGUCAUCGCUGAUGGGUGUUUCUCCAACUUCCGGACGGCAGUGCUGGGCGGGGCGGGAGUGAAGCCAGACGUGAAGGGUCACUUCGUCGGUGUCGUGCUGGAGGACGCGCAGUUACCGAUGGAGCAGCAUGGGACCGUUGUCCUUGUGAAGGGGCACGGACCGGUGUUGCUGUACCAAAUCGGUGAGCACGAUACUCGGAUGCUCGUCGACCUCAAGAACCCCCUACCAUCUGACAUCAAGGGUACAAUUCUCGACGAAAUUGCACCCCAGCUUCCAUCCGCUUUGCACGUCCCGGUCGAAAAGGCGCUAGCCAAGGACCGACUGCGGCGUAUGCCCAAUUCCUUCCUCCCGCCCGCUGAGCAAGGUGCGGGGCACACGAAGGAGGGCGUGUUCCUGCUCGGCGAUUCUUGGAACAUGCGCCAUCCACUGACGGGCGGUGGGAUGACCGUCGCCUUCAACGACGUUGUUAUGCUGAAGGAGCUAUUUGGUGGCGUGAACGACUUCUCGGACUGGCGGCAAGUGUCCCGCGUGCUGCACCGAUGGCACUGGAGGCGCAAGCGCUUCGCAUCUACUAUCAACAUCCUCAGCGUCGCGUUGUACGAUCUGUUCGGUGCAGAUGAUGAGUUGCUUGAGGUGCUUCGCACGGGCUGCUUCAAGUACUUUGAACUGGGCGGGAACUGCAUUCGUGGUCCCGUAUGCCUGCUAGCCGGCAUCGAACAAUCCACCAUGCUCCUCGCACGGCAUUUCUUCGCUGUCGCUCUGUACGCCAUCUGGGUAAUGUUCACACACCCACGGCGGGUGACCAUUGGCGAGAAGGCUGUCGAUGUCAAGCCCAGGCUUGAUGAGUACCCCUUCCUCGUGUUCAAGUGCGCCCAGGUGUUCUGGACCGCGUGUAUCGUGUUCUUGCCGCUUGUGUGGACGGAGAUACGGUGGUGGUGA